AUGCCCGUCUUCCUCCGGAAGCAGCCCCUGGACAUACCUUCACCCACUGAAAAGGACUGGAUUAAGAAAGACGAAGAAGAGGACAUAUACUUGAAAGAUCCAUAUGAGUACCUUGAUUCUUUGCCUCAGCCUUAUCGGAUGAUCAAUAAACUGGUGAAUCUUUUGCUUGAGCGGACCUGGGAAAUUGUUGAGGGGCCGCAACCAUUACAGGAAACCAGGCAGCCGAAGGUUCCGCCCCCAAAGUACCCACCUUCAUCUGAAUUCCAGGUACUCAUUCCCGGGCAAAUUGUGGGAUGGGUACUUCUUACUUAGCCGUAGCUCCCCAAUGAAUUCAGUAGGAUAUAACAAAGAGUCUUGUGGCACCUUAAAGGCUAACAAAGUUAUUAUGGCAUAAGCUUUUGUGGACUAGAAACUACUUCACCAUAUGUAUGAAGUGUUUUUCUGAGGUGGUAGGCAUAUAAUAUACACAUGAUUGUUAGUGGGUGGGAUGGUGAGGUAAGAGGGAAAUGAACUGCAGUAAGCACAGACUGUGGUGGUUAUUUAACAGGCUACUAACAUGUGUGCAAAAUGGCUAGUGUGGUUAUUAAUAUGGCAGCAUUGAAAAUAACAUAUUUAUCAGCAGUGCAUUAAUGCAUGUAAUGGGAUUAAUUGCUGAGCUGGGCAUUGUGCUUUCUUCACUUUCCAUAUUCCCAGGUUGAGGGAAGGGCAAACUGCAUGGUAGCCGCUGGAGAAUUCAUCUUCAUUGGCUUUUCUAUGGGACUAUCUGUCUUCAGCAUACCCACAUGUGAAAAGUCCACAUGCGAGAAGGUAUGUGCUUGGGAGGCAGCCAACGUUGAGAUUUGUGCCAUCAAGGUUUCAAACUUUGGCAGUAGCUCCUAUCUCAUUGGUUCAGUGGAUGAGCUGGGUAAGUAUAUUUAACACCCAUCUGCAAAUUAAUUAUGUUUUCUACACUAUUUUCUAUCCCACCUGUCUUAUGAGGAGCUCAGGCCUCUGUUAUGUUUGUCCUAUUUUACAGAAGGGAGAACUAAAGGAAGAAAGUGGCUUGCUCGGGAUCACAUAGUGGCCCCAUGCCUUUUCUCGUUGCCUGGUUGUAUUCUGAAAACCUCCCUGUGCUUUAAUGACAACUAAGAAGCACAAAUCCUGCCUGAGACUAUGUUGUUUAUUGUCUUUUUCAGCUUAAUUUUGGCAACUGAAGCAGCUCUGCAGUCAUAUGUCUGAGUUGUCCUGCUACUUGGAUACCCACAUUCAGCCAGUUCUGUGCCAGAACUGGUGCAUGACUCGGAUUUUCCAAGAAACUGCCCCCACGCUAGCAACCAUUCUCUUUUUCAAAUAAGAGAGUAAGGUGUGAUGAGUACGCUGAUGAUGCCCAGCUCUACUUUUUUGUGUAUCAUCUAAUUUAGGAAAGCUGUGUAAGCCAUGGACCAGCACCUGGGCUUGAUGGUAGGCUGGAGGAGGGUCAGCAAAUUGAAUCUGAAUCUUGGCAAGAUGGAGGUGCACUGCCUGACCAAUUCCAGUCUGGAUAAUGGAUCAAUUGCCUACUAUAGAUAUACUUCCCCUGAGGUGCUCCUGGAUUUAUUUCUGUGACUGGAGCUCAGGUGACCUCAGUGGCUAGGAUUCCCUUUUACCAAGAUAGUAAGAUAGUACAAUUACUGUUCUCCAUGCUGUAGUAACCUCCCAGCUGGAUUACUGCAAUUCAUUGCAGUGCUUUCUGUGUAGGGUUGUCCUUGAAGUUGGGCUGGUGCAAAAUUCAGCAGCUGAACUUGGGACAGGAUACCACCAGCAUGUUCCCCUGCUGUUGGAAGAAUUGCACUGAAAUAAUGUUUCUUCCCUUAUGAAACUGCAGAUACCAUCUCAUCAGGAGGCCUGUUCCAUACUAUGUUGGAAUUGGGAUUUUAGCAUGCUAGCACCGGUCUUUUCCAUUGUGUUUCAAACCAGCACCAUCUCUAUUGGAUCAUAGCCAAUGUUAGUCCUGCUCAGAGUAAACCCACUGAGAUGAAUGACCAUGGCUAAUUUAGAUAAGUUGAUCUCAGCUGUCGUCAGGGAUAGAACCUGGGACCUUCUGCAUGCAGAGCAGAUUCUCUGCCACUUAACUACAGCGAUCCCUUUGCUACAUAAAACCCACCCCCUUUUGCUAUUGCUUCUCCAGUUGGUGACUUGCUGGAUUGCUGAUGGUCACAGGUAAGAGAUGUUCACAGGUAAGCAGCAAGCCUGGUAGCAUGAGAUGCUAGGGUUCAAAGGAGCAGGGCUGCUCCUCAGCUAUGCAGAUGUUAUAACUUGCCUUUACUCCAGGGCACUCAAGGCACAGCAUCCACGAUUCUCCCGCUUCUAUUUUACCCUCAUCACAACUCUAUGAGGUAGGUUAGGCUACAAGAUAGUAGCUGGCCCAAGGUCACGAGCGAACUUCAUGGAUGAGCAGGAAUUAGUAUUUGCACCUCUCAGAACUCUCCGAAGGGAAAACUGAUCAUUUAUAAGACUUGUCAUUUAAUGGAUAAUGGAAAAGAGGAAACCUGAUGUGCUAAUGAACAUGAAAGAAAAGGUAUCCUAGUGCAAUUUCUUCUGUUGUUGUGUUCCAGGUAUUGCUCGUCUUUUUUACUUUUUCAAGGAGAAUCUGCUGUCUAUAAAAGCCAUAAAUGAAGUGGUGAGUCCCCACUAUAUAUCUAUCUCUUAUAGUUACUGGUUAUCUGAAUCUCAGCUUUUGGAAAACCCAGUUAUCCAAAUCCAUUGUGCCCAUAUUGUACCCAUAUUGGUACAAUUCUAAGUAAAAGGCACUUCCAUCCAUCCAUAUGUAUAAUUAUUCACACACACACACACACACACACACACACAUCUUUUCCCCAUACUAUUUGAUAUACAGCCUGAUAACGGUCAUGCUUUACUUGGAAGUAAGACGUAUAUUUUCAGUGGUGUUUAUAUUUUCAGUGAUGUUUCUAAAACAGUGCCCCAACUUUCUGCAUGCUUACUUGGACUUGCUUAUUUACAAGUCCCAUUUCACUCAGUAGGCCAUCUGAGUAAACAUGCUUUGGCUUGGUCUGAAUGUAAAAUGAGGUUAAAUGUGAAUGACCGACAGCGGCCAAACUUAAACCAUAAGAAGUCUCACAGAUGCCAGUGGAAGAGAUGCAUGACUCAGUCCUAUGCAUCUUUACUCCAAAGUAGGUCUGACUUUGUACAGGAUUUGUACAGGAGGGCUUGCUACAUGAUACAUACAUGAUAAAGCCAAUUUUAGCCAUUUCACCCCUUGUUUUUUCCUGUAAGACCAAUUGCAGUCCUUAACGGUCGUCAACAGGUUUACCACACCUAUCAGCCAAUCACCCAUUCCCACCACCCUUCUGAGUAAUACCCCUCCCCACCCUCUCACUAUAUAGACGGGUCUGGUAACUUCUGUUUCAGUGUAUCUGAAGAAGUGUGCAUGCACACGAAAGCUCAUACCAAUAACAAACUUAGUUGGUCUCUAAGGUGCUACUGGAAGGUUUUUUUGUUGUUGCUUGCUACUUAGUAUGUGUGUAUAAAAUUGAACCAUUAGCAUAUCCUUUCCCGUAAAUAUUAAUGGGACUUAAUUUUGGUUGUACUAUGUCAGCAGUUAUUGUUGACUUUAUGCAUGCAUGCUAAAAGUCCCGACUGGUGCUGCUUCAAGGUUUUACAUAUCUGCUAUACUCAGGGCUGGCCCACCUACAAGGCAAGAUGAAGCAGCCACUUUGGGCAGCAGAAAGCCUCACCCCAUUGCCUCCGCUGCCAAUUUCUGGCAAUUUUUUGCUGAAAUUUUGAAAGAUCUCGCAGUGUGAGAGAGAUCUCGCCAGAUUUUGGUGAGAUCUCACUGGAAAUCGGCACUGGCUUGCUUCUCCACUAGCAGCGGAGAGGGUGGGGUGCUGCUUUUUCAUUUUGCUUCAAGCAGCAAAACUGGAUGUGUCAGCCCUGACUAUACUUAUCCUUCCAAGCCUCUUGCAGCCAGCCUAUACUCUGCAUUACCUGCAUAGAACUGUCACUUCUGGGCUGAGUGUUUUGAUGGUCCACCUUCCUGUUGAUGCCAGAUUUCUUCCUGAAUGAGGUCCUCUGCGUUCAUCAACCGUCCAGCGGCAGGCGGAAAAUCAAUAGGCACAGCUUUCCCCACUGUGUAGUCCUUAUAUGCAGCCAAGUCCAACUGUUAAAAUGAGUUACUUCUAUUGAACUCUGGAGGCAAUGAUGAAUGUGAUAAAGCCACGUAUGCUUUAUUGUGCAUUUCCCUGGCAGAACAUCAAGGUUUCUUCAUCAGAGUCUUCUAAUGGUAGGUGGUGUGCUCAGAGUCAAACACAUAAAUGACAAAAGAGCUUCUUUUGCAACAAACCUGCCAGAUCAGGUUUCCCGACUUGGCAUUCCAGCUUCCACAAGCCCAGCCCGCUCUAAUUUCAGAAUAUAUAUUUACCAUCUUCUUAUCUCUUUUUUGGCAGGAAGAUAUUAGUAAGCGAAAUACAUGUGUUGCACUGGAACUCUCUCGCGGGGCUGAUUAUGCAGGCUUUCUGCUGCAAGGCAAGUCUCAACAUUUGUCAAACUUAGCAAGACAAGUUGCAACCUGCAGGCUGGAGUGUGGCACUUUUUAUAUUUUUAUAUCCUUCAGGUUUCCCUUUGGAAUCUCUCUUUUUACCACGAUGUGUUUUGGGUAGUUCAUUUUGUGAUACUGCACCCACUCGGUCUAAUCUUCCAAAUAAAAAAUCCAGACCACUCUCCGCAGACAAGUAACUUUUCAAAUACAUAUUUAUAGCUUUAAAAAAAGGGGGACCAAGUCCUCAGAAGAUAGCUUACAGAAAUAGUCAUUAUAAUCACAAUAGGUAAAGGUAAAGGGACCCCUGACCAUUAGGUCCAGUUGUGGCCGACUCUGGGGUUGCGGCGCUCAUCUCGCUUUAUUGGCUGAGGGAGCCGGUGAUGUGGCCAGCAUAACUAAGCUGCUUCUGGCGAACCAGAGCAGUGCAUGGAAAUGCCGUUUACCUUCCCGCCGGAGCGGUACCUAUUUAUUUACUUGCACUUUGACGUGCUUUCGAACUGCUAGGUUGGCAGGAGCAGGGACUGAGCAAUGGGAGCUCACCCCAUCGUGGGGAUUCGAACUGCUGACAUUCUGAUUGGCAAGUCCUAGGCUCUGUGGUUUAACCGACAGCGGCAGCCGGGUCUCUAUAAUCACAAUACAUCUCAAUAAAAAAGCCUCAUCAAUUAAAAUAUGAGGAAGGGACCGGUGGCCUUCAGAUGUUCUUGGACUACAACGCUUUUCAUCUCUGGCUAUUGGCCACACUGGUUGGAGCUAAUGGAAGUUGAAGUCCAACAACAUAUGGGUGGCCACACGUUCCCUGCUGCUGAAUUAAAACAUAUGGCACCUGCAUAAAAUUGAUGUGAAAGGGCUUUAUUAUUAUUAUUAUUAAUAAUAAUAAUAAUAAUAAGUUUCUAAGCAAUCUGGGGCUCUCACUGGUACAUCUGCACAUGCUUAUACUCAGUUCUGCCCUGCCUCAGCCCCUUCAAGGCAAGCUGCAACAAUGCUGCUGUUUGGGGGGUGGUUCUGUCCCACCACACUGGCGGCUGGUAGGUCUAACUGAAGACCAGUUAGAGAAAGGGCCUUCAUGGAAUUCUAGACAUAUGGGGUCACCACCAAUAAGGCCCUACCUCUGGUAUAUGGAUACAACAGGCCUUUCCUGUUCAUUCCUUAAGGCUGCAAACCUCUAUCCACUUACUGGGAGUAAGUGCCGUUUAACUCAGUGGGGCUUACUUCUGAGUAGACAUGUAUAGGAUUGCACUGUAAGUCAGUCACGCAUAUGGUGAGGAAGUUGUUUCUGUUCCCUACAGAGGUCGAUUCCAUUUCCUUUGGCUUUCACCGAGAAUAUACGACGCUGCUAAUAUAAAACUAUUAGGAGAAGCAUCCUCAAAGAGCUUUAGAAAACACCCCUUAUCAAACCGUCGGGGUUUCUGACCCUCAGCAUAGUUUUUUUUUUACACUGUUGGGUAUAUUUGUAGAAUGUAUUUACAUGUAUGAACUUUAUCACAAAAAGAAUAAAUAAAUCUGGAUGGUAAAGGACCAGAAUUUUGGCAAGUAACUGCAUCAGCAUAUUGCAUGACUUAGUUGCAGAGUUUUUGUGGCACAAUCCAGGCUAUGAAACUGACAUGGAAACUUUCUCAAUAGGGUUUGAGGUUUCUAAAUAGGAUGCUUUCAGAUAUUGGGUAAUGGAUACUUUGAAUGUGUGUGACUUUUUGUGUGCUUUGGUAAGAUUCCUCCCCCCUUCCUCAUAUGCUUCGAAACUUUAAGAGCCACUUACAUGCCUAUAUAUAUGUAUCUCCCGACAUACUAUGUAUAAGUGGCCAAGAGUAAGCAUGAAUUUGCCUUUUAGGGAGCAAAACUAGAAAUAUUGCUUGACUAAGAGACCUUUCUUCUCCUUCCCCAUUGCUUCAUCUGUUUUCUUCUGUUUCCUCACAGCAGGCAGCUCGGAGGCUUGGCUGGAGAUCUACCGAUUGCCUAAGGAUUCUUGGCUAAAAGAAACAGAAAAUGCCCAGAAUGUCGCACUUACAACUCCAGCAAACACCAAGGACAUGAAAGUUAACCAGGCAACCCUGCCAGAGAAGGCUGGGGUAGAGGUGGAUAAAAAAAAUGUAAUUCCUAUGGAUCAUAUCUAGCCCCUCAAAAGUUUUUUGUGCCCUUCCCCUCCAUGACCUUUCAAUUGUCAUUGGAAUGAAUGAAUGAAUGAAUGAACACAUGAAUAAAUGAAUGAAUGUGGCCUUCCAAAUGUUGUUGGACUCCAACUUCCAUCAGCCAGCAUGACCAAUGUUCAGGGACGAUGGGAGUUUUAGUCCGACAUAAUUUGAUAAUAAUUUUUAUUAGUUUUCAGUUACAAGAAUCCAAUAAUAGCCUCAUUAUAACAAUGCAAAAUUAUAAUACAAUUACUAAUAGCAAUCAUUCAGAUGCCAAAUUAUAUAAUUUAGGUGCCCCCUCCCCCGCAUUCUAGAAUUGAUGAUUUACUUUAUUUCUGCAUUCCAAAAAUCUUAUUAAUUUCAAUUACACUACAGUCAAAAUAGCAAUGUUAACGACUUCCAUUCGUAUCAACACAUCAAAUGAUUUAUAAACCUGCAGGUGAAGCAUUCAAACUAUAUCCUUGUUCUUCCUGUGUGUGGCAAUUAUCCUGUCCUUGUAAAAUAUUAUAUCUAUCUUUUCCCAGUUGUUGCUGUUCUCCAUCAUGCCUUGGGCGGAGCUAAUAUCCCAUUGUUGUUUCAGAAAUUCCCCAUUGCUCCGUCCCAUGCUUCAUUGUUUUGCAACUUUAAAAGCAGCUGCAAAAAUCACACCGUCCCAUUGAAUAUCCUGUUUUCGCCAUUUUCCCUCUCAGCCUGGGAAGGAGAGUGAGCUGCAAAUAACUCAGUAAUGAACAUUACUGAGUCCAACAUCAUUUGAAGGGAAAUGGGCGCCCUAUUUCCACUGUAGUUCUUCAAGAGAGUUUUGUCUUUAGUUCUUUUCUGUCCCGAUACCAUUUAUACACAGGUGUACGUUCCAAACUUUUUCAGAGGCAGAAAAUUUGUAUUCAGUGAAGCCAAAUGACAAUGUUUCAGAGUACUCUUCUCACGAGCAAGUAGUCUUUCUAUCGUGGAUAGGCAUGCUUGGAAAUUAUUUAUUUGUAUGAACCACUUGAUCAAAAAAUAUUUCUCUUCGACUGGUGUGCAGAUAAAAUAACAGAUAAACCAAUGCUGAGAUCCACAAACCCAUGAAUGUGCUGCCCCUUCAUUUGUAACGUUAGCACAAGCAAACCUUUCAGAAAUGGGCUUGCAUGUUCCCCAUUUCCUCCUCUUUCAAGGAGGAAUUACCACCUGCUCCCUGUGUGUUUUCCUUUUCUUUCACUGGGAGCAGGACUGAGCAUGUCUUAAAGGUUUGUUGAGCUGAGGGCGCUGCAGUGGUCCUAGGUGAAAUUGGGGUAUCCUGGAUCACAUUGUAUGUUACAGGGACUCCAGUGUGUAUAUAAUAAUUGCUGCCUUUUCUGGUUCUGUAGAAGAAGGCUCCGGAAAUCCAAGGAUUGGUUGCUGAAGAGGUGGUAAGUAGUCUAACAGUGGUCUAAACCACUGAGCCUCUUGGGCUCACUGAUCUGAAGGGUUGGCGGUUCGAAUCCCCGUGACGAGAUGAACUCCCGCUGCUCUGUCCCAGCUCCUGCCAACCUAGCAGUUCAAAAGCACACCGGUGCAAGUAGAUAAAUGGGGAGCGCUGCGGCAGGAAAGCAAAUGACAUUUCUGUGCGCUCUGGUUUCCAUCACAGUGUCCUGUUGCGCCAGAAUGUUGCUGGUCACAUGACCUGGAAAGCUGUCGGUGGACCAAUGCCGGCUCCCUCAGCCUGAAAGUGAGAUGAGCGCUGCAACCCCAUAGUCGCCUUUGACUGGACUUAACCGUCCAGGGGUCCUUUACCUUUACCUUUUUUUACAGUUCGUAGCAUUAUUUGGAGGAAACCAUGACUGUUAAGGUGAUAUAACUGUUCUUGAAGUGAAGGGUAUUGGUUGAUGUGAUCAGGGUCCUUUAUUUAUUUAUUUUUUUAAAAAAAGAUAUUUAUUAAGGUUUCCAAUAAAAAGAACACAUCGAUAAAAAAUUAAAAAUAAAAAAAGAAAUACACAACUCAAAAGUACACAAUACAUAAUCCAGAAAAAAAAACAACAAAAAACAAAAGACAAAAAAGAAAACAGUUAAAAACAAUACCACCUUUUCAUCUCCAUUUUUAAAUUUACUUAUUUUCUGGACCUCCUCAUACCUCCCUCUUUUGUAUUCCAGUUCAAAUUGUUUGUCCAGCAAUUUCUUUCCCUCUUUUUUAAUCCCAAGUGAUCAGGGUCCUUUAACACAGAUGAGUUAUGCCAUAACUAUUGAGAGAUUCUGAACAUGCCAUCUUGUUUGAAAAACACAACACACAUCGCCGGAUCACAGAAAUGCUAGUAAACAAAAAAAGUAGACCACGCAAGGUGGAAGUCGGCCAAUUCCCACUGCAGUUUAUUUGUAAAGGAAGCCUCUUAUGAAAGAAUUAACAAUUUAUCUGCUCUGAGACAGGCAGAAUUGCAACAAACUUGAAGAUCAUAUUCCUAAAUGCUACUCCUUUACACCAUUAUUGCUUCUUGGUUGACAACUCGUGGGGGGGGGGGGGCGGCAGCCAGCAGCCAUUACAGGGCUGGUUUGGACUUUGCAGCCUUAAUUUCUGGCCCCUAUUUUUGCUUUAGAUGAGUGCAACGCUUAUACCAUGCAUUGUCCUGUGUCUUGGACCUGGAGUGGCACUAUGAGACACAUGCACUAUUUUUGGAGUCCAGCCACUUUUAUUGUAGGAUAGAGGAGGUCCCCCAGUCUUCGUAUCAAGUGAUUGGUUAACAUUCCAAAGAGGAUAGCCAGAAAUUGCUUGGCUUCGGAAAAUCUCAGUGUAUGGGGCGAGAUGGGAAGUGGACUCUGGAAGUGGAAUUGUUUAGAAUUGCCUCUCUGCUUCAUUACAGGAUCCUCAAGUGCUUCUAAGCAGGCUUGAAUCGAGGCUGAUUCCCCCUGUUCUGUUGCUGAAGAUCAGAUCACCCAAACCAUUUGCACGUAUGAACUCUCCUUACCUUCUUCUGUUUACCUGUCUUUUCUGUUUCUGUGUUUUGUUGAAAUAGUGCAACAGUAAAAAUACAAAAUGUAAAAAUAGUAUGAUAAAUGCAUGUAUUAGGACCAACUAAAAUGUACAUAAAUAAAACAACCCUCUCCUGCUGUGGUUCUCAGCAAUUGGUGUUCAGUGGCAUGCUGUCUCUGGUCCUGGGAUUUGAAUUUUGCCAUUGUGACUAGUUGCCACUGAUGCUCUCCAUGUAUUUGUCCAACCCCCUUCUAAAGCAAUUUCUGUGGAUGGUCAUUCAAAUUUCAUUGUCUUAUCUUUGCACACUGAAGAAAUACUCCCUUUUGUCCAUUCUGAAUGUGCUACUACUGUUCAAUUUCAUGGGCUGAUUGCAGGUUCUAGUAUGGUGAGAGAGGGAGAAAAAGUUCUUUCUGUCCACCUUCUUUACACAAAGGAUAAGUAAAGCAUGUUUGGAGUGGUACAGUUUUAUUUUUAUUUUUUAAAGAAAGCCCCCGCCUCCAGGCACACAAUCUAAAAAAAUAAAAUAGCAAGGGGAGCUGGAAUGAAAUGGGAACUUGGGGUGUGCGUGUUGUUUGGCAAGGCAUGUUCAUUGCACCUCCUUAGCCUGCAGGAGGUGGGGACAUAAAUAUUAAGACUUUUCAUGCACUUCCUCCAACUUUCUCAAGUGCCUCUUCCACCAUUAACAGGGAGUGUUUCCUUUGUCAGAAAUCGAGAGCACUACCAGCAUUGACCAGCAGAGACCAGCAGAGCCCAGAGCUGGUCUGUCUUUGCAAUCCCUGCAGAACCCGGUCUUCUAUACUGAACAACAUUUAGUGCACCGAAAUAAAAUAGAAUGUUUUCAAUUGAUGCCUACUGUUUCUCCUUCCCUGAUUAAAGGCCAUUAGGAGGGGAGGAUUCUCUCUCUAAAAAAUGACCAGUGAGAAUACAAUGUGCAAAUUUGCAACAGGUUUCCUGUCUAGGCUAGUAGGACAUGACGUAGCCCUUUGUGACUGGCUCCUGCUGCGUAUCAGACAAGGAUUCUUCAUGGCAAGGACUCCAUGACCGAUUCUAACACUGUCUUGUAUACAUUUAAACUCAGCAAGCACAUUUAAGCAUCCUUAUGAAGCCUUAAUGAAGAGCGAUGAUGGCAGUGUGAUUGGCUUGGGAUACAACCAUAUGCUCAAGGAAAGCCAAUGGGAGCGGCAGGAGGCAAUAUUUAGCAGCACUUUCCAACAGUAUCUGGAGACAGAAGAUGAGCUAGAGAUCAAGGAGGAGAAACCCUGGUGAGUGGGGGUUGAAUUACAUCUAACAUUUACUUCAAUCUUCCAUCCUUCUCAUGCUCCUGGGAGCAGCAAGACCCCCAGAGUUUAUUUCUGCUGCAGUAGUAAAGCUGGAAAGAUUCACCUCCAGCCCACCCUGGGUUCAUGGGACAAUAUAUUAAUCAGUGGCUUGAUUUCUUUCUAUAUACAUAGGAAUGUAAGGCUGUCGUCACGCUGCAGUUCAUGUGGCUGCUGAUAGGUGGCCACACCAGCUCCAGCGGGACGGCAUGCAGGUGAGUGAGAAGUGCAGGCAGCCGGCAGCCCAGGUUAGCCAUUUAACGGAGGGGCGGGGGGAGAUGAUUCACAGAACAGUAUGGCAAACCAGUCUGUGAAGUGCCUUCCCCUUCUGUUAAAUGCAGCUGCAGCGUAGUUUAAUGUAGGGAGGGAGACGCUUCAGAAAACUACUCUCUGAAGUGCCUCCCCCUUCUUUAAAAUGUGUGAGGAAAAGUGGGUUGAGCUGUGAGGGGGAUAGGUGAGGUGGUAGGUAAGGUGUAAAAGGAAUGGGGUUUGGUCAGAUGCAAAGGCAUCUAGACUGGUGACUGGAAGUGGCUGCCGGAACCACGUAACACCAGUCUUGAAAGAGCUGCAUUGGCUCCCAGUACGUUUCUGAGCACAAUUCAAAGAGUUGGUGCUGACCUUUAAAGCCCUAAAUGGCCUUGGCCCAGUAUACCUGAAGGAGCGUCUCCACCCCCAUCGUUCAGCCUGAGGUCCAGCUCCAAGGGCCUUCUGGUGCUUUCCUCACUGCGAGAAGUGAGGUUACAGGGAACCAGGCAGAGGGCCUUCUCAAUAGUGGCGCCUGCCUGUGGAACGCCCUCCCAUCAGAUGUCAAGGAAAUAAACAACCGUCUGACUUUUAGAAGACAUCUGAAGGCAGCCCUGUUUUAGAGAAGUUAUUAAUGCCUGAUGUUUUAUUGUAUUUUUAAUAUUUUGUUGGAAGCCGCCCAGGGUAGCUGGGGAAACCCAGCCAGAUGGGCAGGGUAUAAAUAAAUUAUUAUUAUUAUUAUUAGGCAGGAGGAGGUGGCCAGGUGUGGGGGUUGGCAGGUAGGUGGACGGACAUGUGGAGUGAGCAGGGGUGGCAGCCCCUAGUAUAAUGUAUACUUUAACAGGAAGUCACAUUGCAAUGUUUGUUGUUGCUUUUUGUGGUGGUUUAGCACAAACAUUACUUAUACCAGUGUCAUUGACUAUCUCCCCCCCACCCCGAACCUUUAUAUAUAUCCUAUAUGUUUUAAAAUGAUUUAUUCUCUCUCUUUCUCUCUCUCCCUCCCCCCCACCCCUGGCCGCCAUUUCAGCAAUGCUAUGUUCCAUUUUCACUUGCCUGGCCGCACUUUGCCUGUUGGAACCGAAUUCAGAGCUGAGCCAGGUAAUUGUACUGCGGAAGUUCCUUCUGCAGAAUUAGAGAGGCAAGCCUGAACAAAACUAGGUGGGGAACCUGGAACUUUGUGUCUGGGAUUUGAAAUUUGCAUGGCCCACCCACCUCUGUUUUUGGCUUUCUCAUUUUGCUCCCAGAAUUGGGGAGAGGGGAGCUGCUGGGGUUCUGAAGUGCCUGUCUUCCCUGUUGGCCCUUUAUUUAUUUCCUUCGCUUUCUCUUGUUCUCCAGAUAUGCCCAUUGCUCUCAGCAUUCACUGGAGCAGGAGCCACAACCUCUGCUACUACUUUCUCAGUCGCCCAGCAAAGGAGAAAAUUGGUAAUGCAGUGUGCAAGUAACAGCUGCAAUUUUAUGUGCAUUGUCAAACCUCCUCAUGAUCCAUCCCAGAAAGACUCUUCUCGUCAUAUCUGCAACGGAACUGUGGCAUUUUUAAGCUGAGCUUCGGCCUCCUACUCCUGCCACUUGUGGGCUCCCAUCCCCUUGCUGCUUUCUCCACUGUAAUGUCUAGUGUUCCCAUGAUACAAUAUUGCUGUUCAGAGAUGCCAGUUUUGGCAUAAGCCUAAUCUGUCUGGCAGUGUAGUUCUGACCCUUGGCAUGAUGUAAGAGGGUCCACAAUAGCCAUUCGGCCCUGUGUACUUGAAGGAAGCUCUCACCUGCCCCACCAGCAUUUAGCCUGGACACUGAAGUCCAGCUCGGAGGGCCUUCUGGUGGUUCCCUCAUUGCGGGAAGGAAGGUUACAGGGAACCAGGCAGAGGGCCUUCUUGGUGGUGGCAUACUGUUGUGUUUUGUAUAUUCUUUUGGAAGCCACCCAGAGCGGCUGGGGCAACCUAGUCAGAUGGGCAGGGUACCCCCUCAGUGUGAAAAAAGAUGUAGGGCCAAAUAGCAACUCAUAGGAGGCUGCAUUCUUUUAUUUAUAAUAGUUUUAUUAAAUUUUUAAUUUUACAUUUCCAAAUAAACAUUUUACAAACUUUAAAAUAUACAAUGGCAUCCCUUCUUCUCUUUCCAUGGUUCAUUUUACAUAUCAUACAUCCCUGCAUAUUUUACUAUAACCAUUCAAAUGAGUUUUCCAUUUUACAUCCACCAAAAAUUAUUUACUCUGUUGAAUUUAUCUUAAUGCUGCCAGCAUUUUCAGUUGCAUACAGUUAUUUUCCAUAUAUUCAGUAAAUGUUUUCCAGUCUUCUUUAAAUGUACCAUACAUUCUUCUUCCUCUCUUAUUCUGUAUGUUCAAUCUGCAAGUUCUGCAUAUUCUGUCAACUUAAGUUGCCAAUCCUUUUUAGUUGGGACCUUGCUCACUUUCCAAUAUGAGGCUGGGUUCAGCAUGCUGGUCACCUUGGUGCUCUGAGGCACAGGGGGGAAACAGUGCAUAAAUGAAGGGUAGCACUAAGCAAAAGGCACUGUCUCUUUCCUUCCUGCAGGCCCCAUCAUUCAUAAGCUCUUUCAUUCCUUUCCAGAUUCUGAUCCAAAACCGGACAUGGUUUGGCCCUGUGCCUCUCCACUCACGUACUCAGCCGUCACACCUUGCUCCUCUUACCUGGCUUUUGCUUGCGAAGAUGGAACCAUUACGGUUUGGGAAAAAUCUAUUGGUGAGCCUUGCCAGCUUUCAUGAGAUUGCCAUGGGGCUAUUCCCUUGCCAACCAUAAGCGAAGGCACUUGGUGAAUUUAAAAAAGGGGAGUUCUAGAAAUGAGGCACCACAACCAAAAAUGUCCUGGUGGGGGUGGCACCCUGAGCAUGGUGUCCAAAGAUCUUAAUGAUUGGGCCAAUCCAUGUGGGAAAUGGGGUCCUCCCUUAAAGAGGGCACAUGUUGCAGUGAGACCUGGCAACCUAACCCUGUAUUGUGGGUGGGUACGCUUGGAUAGCCACAACACCCGAUUGGUAGGUUCCUUAAUGUAGGGUUCAGUCAGGCCAAUGGGACGCAGGCUAAACGGAUCAAGGGACCUAUAUAUACCUAUGCAUGUGACCCAGAGCUUCCUCUUUCGGUGCGUUCAUCGGAACACCCGCCCACCUCUCCCUAUAUUUAGGGCUUGUGUGCUUGACCUUGCUAUGCCGUCGUGUGUCGUCUGUCAUUGAGACAGGAGAACAGCAGGAAUUUCCCCACUUGGCUGAUUGGCUGUUGCCAUUUGGAUUUCGCCUGCCGCAUAGCAAAUAGUCACAGCGUAAGGUUGCGGAUAGGCUCUGGUUCAGGUGAUAGGGAUGGGAGAACGCUCUUGCCAUCCCUAUGUGAAGGGUAUUCCGUUAAAGGAAUUCAGGGACUCAAUGGUUUGGUCAACCCCUGUGAGCGGGUUGUGCCCGUGCCUCAGUCCAGGGGAGCAUUUGGGUGGCGGAGAUAGCCUGUUCCUGGCUUUCCACUUAUCCAGGUGUUCACCCUUGGCUGACUUAUGCUGGUGCCCUGGGUCAGCGCUACCUGCAAUGGUGCAGGGAGCUAGUUGAAUCAGAGCCUAUGCAACCAGUCACUUGCUGCAAUCAAUAAAGUUGUGGCCUAAAUUCUGCCAAAAACCAAACCAAAAUUUGAGUCUUGUCUGAAUUAAUUUAAGGAGGAGGUUUAAAGGUCUAAACACGCAACAGCCAUGAACCUCCAAGUACUCUGGACCCAGGUUGUUUAAGGAUUUGUAGGUCAGGCUUCAUCAGUGUGAGGGGAAAAACAGGGCCAUUCCAUCAGCUCUGACAGGAGACCAGCUUUGCUUGAUUUCUCUUCUCCCUGAACUGUUUCCAUUCCAGCUAGCCACUAUAAUAACUCCUGUGUAACUUUAAGAAUUGGCGCGUGGCUUUGUUAGUUUUCUUUUCCCUUUCGUAUCAUGUAUUUUAGAUUAUUAGACUGUAGGUGAGCACACGUCUUGUUUUUACCGAUCUCAUGUAACGAUAAGCCAGCCACUCUGGGAGCCUUUUUAGCUUAAGAGCAGGAUAAAAAACACUUUAAAUAAAUAAAACCUUGCACUUUGAAUUGUGCCUGGAAACAAGUGGGUAAACUAAGAAAUAUAAAGGAACACAUCUUCUAAUAUGCUACAGCAUGUGAUAGAUGUGGGCUGGCCAGCAAAUUGCAAAAUCCAAGCAUUGGAUAAGUGUGGCUCUCAGAUGUGAAGAAUGGUUGCUGUCAGGUCACACCCACCCACCUAUCAGCCAGUCUAGUAGAAACCAUCUGUCUUAUCUUGGCCAGGAGGAUCCUGCUGUCAUUCCUGUUCUCCCUCUGUGAUGUUUAUGCUUUCCUAGGGUUCCCGUUGUCUGUGACUGUGCUCCCUGAUGGAUACGUUAUACGAAGCAUCCAGUUCAUGCCAUGUUUACCCUCACUCUGCGAGAAAGCGCCUGGCUCCAGUGAAGUUCUUGCGAGCACCAAAGUGAAGCUUCUGGUGUUGUGCACAGAUGGGUCUCUCCACAUGAUUACAUCGGGGGCCAAAGAAUUUGACACCAAGCUGCUGGGGUACGGAUAAGGCAGGAUCCUGGCUGAUUACAGACCCAGAACCUUGUUUGAAGGGUGGGAGAGGUUCUCCUAUUGAGAGGACUCUUUAGCCCAGGCUCUCCAAAGACAAAUAUGGCUGCAUACCUUGUCUUCCACUCCUGUACUUCCCGGAAGAAGAGGGUACUUCAUUUUCUAGUCCUCUUUUUAUUGGAGUUGGUUGAGACUACUCUGGUUCCAAGAGAGUACUGGGAGUUGGAAUUCAUAGUUGUGGCUGGAAAAUACCACCCAGAGGGACAAGGGAAGGCCACUUGGGAUACAAGGGGGUAUUGUUAGGGAAACAGAGCAUAAGUAGGUAAGAGCAGGUGCAGAUAAACUAAGUGACCUCUAACAAGAUAAUCCUGAAGGCCAAGGAACUGGGUGAAAUGUGGAAGUCCAGUUUCUCAUUAAUUAAAAUGAAUACCUCCACUCCUAGAGUUUUAAAACAUUUAGAGGAAGUUCCUGAUAUAUUCUCAGGAUUUCACCCAGCAAUCCUGACUGACAACAUAGUGGGUUUUUUGGGGGGGGGGUGUUUGUUUUUUGAGAAAUGAAACCAAAGUGGAAAUCUGAGACUUGUGUUGUUUAAAAAUGAUAAUAAAAUAAAAUAAAAGAACACAUCAGGCUAUGUCUGCUGGAGGCAAUGACUUUUGAACAUUGUAGAACACUCUGUUGGCCUCAUUUGCAAUAUGAAGCAAAACCAAACCAUUUCCCCAGAAUAGUUAUGUGAAUCCACCUCUCUGCUCUCACUGAUGUGCUUUCCCCGCAAGAUGCCCAAAGAAGAAAUGCACAAAGAGUAACACAAACUUGGGUUUCUUUCUUAGGCCUGAGACUCCCAAUCAGACCAUCACUGCUAUAGCAACCAUUUCUUCCUUACCUGAUACAGUGAGUGUUUUCUGAUUACCUCCCAUAAUGUCUUCUGCAUCUUCUGAAUACCAGAAUUGUGAAAGCAGUAUUGCGGGUGGCCGGUGGGGGGGUGGAGAGAGGAGAGAGGAGAUACUGUUUUAGUUAGAUUAACACACCAAGAUUAAGGUAUCUGGGCAUGAAAUUUUCAGUUAAGACUUACAAUUUCUUGUGGGUAGAGUAUGGAUGCUGUAUAGACAGCUAGCCCAUAGAAGUGUGCGGGCAGCCAUAACACAUCUAAACUGGGGCCUAGAGUAGUUGUCAGACUUAAAAAAAACCCCACUAUCCACAUAAACUAUGCUUGUAUACUUAAAAGCACACAAAACCAAAAGGUCAGUAGCCCUAACAGGGCCUGUCCAGUCCAACAACAGUAGUGAUCAUCUGUCUACAGCUUAUAUUGAGUUGAACUGCUUUUCUCUCCAUGUGGAGAACUGAGGCUAAGAAACUGAGUUUUCUCAGCAUCAGUUAAUACAUUUUUGGCUGAAGUGGGAUUUGUACUUCUGCCUAGCCCUACAUCUUUCAUCCUCUGGAUUUUGAGGGAAGGACGAAGCCAGACUGGUAGGCUUUGGCCCUGUUACGUUGCACUGUUAAAAUCCUGAAAAAAUCUUCUGCUCAGCUGUGCCUGCGAAUGUGAAUCAUAACCUACCUGGGAAAAAGCCAAGACCCACUGCUGAUCCCAUCCAACAAAGUAGCUAUGGAAACACUAUCAGCUCAUUAGGUGGGUUUCUGUCAUAAGUGAUGAACUUUCAUUAUUCCAGGUGCUGCUUUUUUUCUGGGAUGGCACGGUCAUUCUGAUGGACACCACCACAGAAGAUUAUAUUUCCCAGUUCAUCAUGCCUCCCUCCUACAAGGUGGCAACUUCCUGGCAGCCCGUUUUUUCUGUGGAUACUCAGGGCCAAUACUUGCUCCUCCAAGGUAGGAUCUCCUAGAUACAAAAGGGAGCAGGCACUCAAAACUCAGAAAUAGCACUUGAAGGCAUUCAAGCCCUUCCCCUGAAGUGGGAAGACCCCAUAACAUGCCUCAGGUGGUUAGCAAAUGCCUUUCUAUUGUGGUCUCUGCAGCAUCCCAGAGAAGUCUUUAAGAUGCCUACUUGUUGUGCCCUAGCUUGGCUCAAUCCAGGAGAUGAUGGAUUAAAGCAAGGGACUUACUGGCAUUGCAGGGCCUCAUCUGAUAGGGCAAAGUUAAAAGAGACUAUGCAGGAUUACAACAGGCAAGGCAAAGCAUGGCCUUUCAUGACCCUGGACAGGUAGCUGUGGCAGAUGCCGGCUGAAACUUGCCCAAGGAGAGCUGUUACAGUGGUACCUCGGGUUACAUACGCUUCGUGUUACAUACGCUUCAGGUUACAGACUCCGCUAACCCAGAAAUAGUACCUCAGGUUAAGAACUUUGCUUCAGGAUGAGAACAGAAAUCGUGCUCCGGCGGUGCGGCAGCAGCAGGAGGCCCCAUUAGCUAAAGUGGUGCUUCAGGUUAAGAACAGUUUCAGGUUAAGAACAGACCUCCGGAACGCAUUAAGUACUUAACCCGCGGUACCACUGUAUUUCAGUAGCAUGCUGAGGCCCUGUGGUGGAGGCUGACUAGUCUGGACCUGCAGAUAACUUGCUACCUCUGAGGUGCUUGUCAGUGUUUCUCAAAAGGGCUGUUGUCCGAUUCAGCAGCCACCAACCCCUAUUAUGCGACUGAGUCUGAGGAGUUAAGUAAAGAGCCACACAAUCUGGACCCUAUGAGGGCAGAAGGAAAGUUGCUUCUUGGGCGAUGCCUCCUCCCACUGAGUCUUCCUCUGACCUGGGAAGAUGGGGGAAUUGAGGCUGGAGAACAUAAUACUGUUCGGCAGCCCUGUUUAGGGAACUUUUUAGUGUUUGAAGUUUUAUUCUGUUUUUAGUGUUCUGUUGGGAGCUGCCCAGAGUGGCUGGGGAAACCCAGCCAGAUGGGCAGGGUAUAAAUAAAAUAAUAAUAAUAAUAAUAAUAAUAAUAAUAAUAAUAAUAAUUAAUUAUUAUUUAUUAAUUAUCAUCAUGCCCUCUCUCCUUUUCCCUUCCCCCACUUCUACCAUUCUAUUUUUCUUACGUCCUGUUUAAAAGAAAAGGAUUGCUUAUGUUUUCUUCAGGAAUCUCUAGUACAGUGGUACCUCAGGUUAUAUACGCUUCAGGUUACAGACUCUGCUAACCCAGAAAUAGUACCUUGGGUUAAGAACUUUGCUUCAGGAUGAGAACAGAAAUCAUGCUCCGGCGGCACAGCAGCAGCGGGAGGCCCCAUUAGCUAAAGUGGUGCUUCAGGUUAAGAACAGUUUCAGGUUAAGAACGGACCUCCAGAACCAAUUAAGUACUUAACCCGAGGUACCACUUUAUAUAUCACAACACACAUAUGGGAAGAAGGCCAAGAUCUGAUAGACAGAUGGGGUGGCCAUGUGCCCUACUUUUCAGAGGUCAGACCUCAACUUGAAGGAGUCCUCUAUUUGGAAGGCUGCCCAAUUAAAGUUUGGUUAAUGGUAAAAACAGAAGAAGUGAGGGCAGGAGCUUUGAAGCUGCCCAAUCGUGGUUAACACUUGAACAGGAAACAGAGCAAGGACACAGGUCACUUGCCCAGAGUCUUCCCUGAUAUGAUGCAAUAUAUUUCUAUUUAAAUCACAAUAAUUGCUUCUAAAUUUGCAUCUCUCUCUCUCUCUCUCUCUCUCUCUCUCUCUCUCUCUCAAUUAGCAUUUGAAAAUCUUUGCUUUCUUUAGUCCUCUUUUGCUGAAGCAUUUCCUCUCUUUUGGCGAUUUGGAGUUUUUGAAUAAUUUUUUAAUUGAUUGGUGGUUCACAAAAAUCAGUUUAAGAACAUAAAGCAAGCCUUCUAGAUCAGGCCAAUGUGCCCAUUGAGUUCAGGAUCCAGUUCUUACAGUGGCCAACCAGAUGCUUCUACUAAAACUUCUGUAAUUACAGAACCCCCCUUCCAAAAUUUGCAACUUUUUUUGCUUUGUAUCUGCACUGCAGACUGUUGUGGUAUGUAAAAUUUCCUGUGCGGCCCCAUUGCCUUGGCCGCCAGGUCACGUAGGAGAAAUUAGAUUGCCAAGUCAAUGGUUUCAGCUGAAAUGUGGCCAAUUUGGUUCAACAGUGAGCAUGCACAAAGCCCAACUCCAGCUGCCUUUGACCAUAUAGUUCAAGGCUGGAACUUUCAUUAGCCCCAACUAGCCAGGACUGCUGAGAAUUGUAGGGCAAUGGCAUCUCAAAGGCCACAGGUUCCCCAUCUCUCGAUGGAAGACUCAUGCCAUGCAUGUGCAAGAUUGUAGUUCAUAAUAUUUCCAGUCAAAUUGCAAGUAACCCUCCCACCCUGUUUCUGAGGCAAUGGAGCUUGCAUGCAGCAAUUUACAAGCUGAGUGACUUCCUUUCUGGUCUAAUUCCUGGCUAAUUAACAGUUCCCACUGUUGUAACCUCAUGAACAAAUGAAGGUGGCAUAUACCGUUAAACCCCUGACCCAUCUAGUCCAGCAGUGUCUUCUCUGACUUGCAAUGGCUCUCCUGAGUCUUAGGCAAAGGCCUUUCUUAUUACUGGCUACCUGAUCCUUUCAAUUGGAGAUGCUAGGGAUUGUAUCUGGGGCCUUCUGUAUGCAAAAUGUGCUCACUUUGAGACUGCUGGGCUUUUUUGGUUCACAGGAAGUGAAAGUGAGCGUCACAUUUGUAAGUGACACAAAAAAGCCUGCCCACCCCCACAUGGUUCUUUCCAGUUCUUAUCAGGUUCCUUUUAGUUGAGGGAAUCUCCAAGGGAGAAAUGUAUCAAUUAGCAGGCAGCGGACUUUCAGAUAUCCUAUUGCAGUGAUCCAGCACACCCGCUGUUUAAUGUGGAAUCUCCCUGUGUCUUCUCUCCUCUCUAGAAGUUUCCUGGUCCUAUUUAUUGAACUUUGUUGCUUGCACCUGGAGGCAAGAACCAAGAACCACUCUGCCAAGCUGAUAAGCUUAUCGUAUCAAUGAAUGAAUGAGUUUGUCUGUUUGUCACUGUCAACCACAAAGACUCAAAUUACUUUCAACAGUAGAAUACAGUCAUACCUUGGAAGUCAAAUGGAAUCUGUACCGGAAGUCCAUUCGACUUCCAAAACGUUUGGAAGCCCAAGCACGGCUUCUGAUUGGUAGCAGGAAGCUCCUGCAGCCAAUUGGAAGCCGCGGACGCCCCGUCGGAUGUUCGGCUUCCAAAAAUAGUUUGCAAACUGGAACAGUUAUUUCCUGGUUUGCGACGUUCGGGAGCCAAAACAUUUGGGAGCUGAGCUGUUCAACUUCCAAGGCACGACUGUAUGUGAUUUAAAAACAAUAACACAUUAGUGGCAUGCGACUCCUAACAAAUUUCUCCCACGGGGGUACAGCCCCCAAAAGAGAAAAAUAGUGCCCAUCCCAACUUUGUGUGUGUGUGUGUGUGUGUGUGUGUGUGUGUAUUUCUCUCUAAGCAAGUUGUUCUCUUUCUGCCCACAGGGGUCAAGCAGCAAACUGAAAUUAUUUUCAUCUUUGACUUCACGACUUACCCAUUCAUGGAAGCUUUUGCCUUGAAAGCCGAAGAGCAGCCCGAAGCCUUAGCCGUAGUCCUACCCUGGGACAAGCGCUGUAACAUCUUCCUAAAAGAUAGGUAAGUUUCUUGAAUCGGAAAAAGACCUGGAGCUGGCGAGCCAUUUUUGCUCAUGUGAUUGCGACAGGGGACCGGAGCAGGAAUGUUCUCUGGAGAGAUCAGCACCCUACCUAACAGCGUUAGACUCUCAAACAAACUCGGUGCAUCCCGACUCUCCUCUGGCAUAGCACCAAGGACAUAAGGAAAACAUAUAUUCUGUUCAGGCUGAGUUCAAGGUGCUGAUACAGAUAUGCACAUCUACACACAGCUUGGGGCCCAGGAUACCUGGAAUAUAAUCUCACCCAUCACAUACCCAACCAGUUGCUUCACCAGUCUGCAGGAGGGCAGAUACCAUAUAAUCCGGAUGUCCGUUCUGGGAUUUAGGCAUAUAGUGUGGCAACAACACUUGCCCUCCCUCCCAUUCCAUGUCCAACAAGUGCUGUCUCUAUUGACUUUUGGGUGCCUCUUGGAGACCUUCCGUUCCCAACAAGCCUUUUAUGUGGAUACUUUUAUCCCAGCUUUUCUUUGCACUGGACUUGAAAUUGUUUUCAUAAACGAUUUUAUUGCUGAUGUAAAAACUGAUGUUAAUUGCUUCAGGAUGUUUCAGGGGAAGCAAUUCGUAAAUGAAAUAAACAAUCCACAGAAUAGUGGCCACUGUUAAUGGAGCAACGGGGUGUACCCCAGGUCCCAAGAUUUCCAGAUUUAAUAGCAGCCAUAUGCCUAUAGAUUAGUACUUGCCUUGACAGUUCAAUGCUUUUGGGCGGAGGUGCUGCUGUAUACUUUGGGUGCAGUAGAGAAGACUUGUGAUCUCCUCGGAUAAACUAUGUAUCAAGCCCCAAUUUCAGGGAAGAUUAUAUACUGCGUUUAUUGUGAUGUGUUCCACAGGGUGCAAUUUGUUUGUAAUGUCAUCAGAUGGCAGUACAACAUGAUCCACACAGAUGAGCACCAUGAAACUUUAUACUGAGUAUUCCCUAUUCUGAGGGCUAAAUUGGCCUAAACUGCUGUCCUGGUCUCCUUUGAGAGGAAAGAUAUAAUUUGAAUUCAUAAUAAUAAUAGUAAUAGUAAUUUUAUUUACUCAUGCUUUUAUACUACUUAUCCAGUUGUGUCCUCUAGGUGGUUGACAGCAUGUUAAAACCAAUGCAACAAUAAUAUGAAACAACCAAAACCAGUUAAAAUGAUACGAGGAGGUGAUGAGGAUUAAUUGCAUUAUUUAUAAAAGUUUUUAUAUGUCUCGUUUUUACAUUUGUCCUGAUCACUUACUUUUAUGUGGCUGUUAUAAAAAUGAACAAAUGUGAAUCACUUUGAGAACUUGAAAGUGAGAACUACGAAGGAUAAGCCUUACUUACAGUGUUGGGGAGCACCAUUUUGACUUAACUCCUUAUCGCUUAACCAUCUGGCACUGAGUGAAUGAGGCAUGGCAAAGUGGGCUCAGGCAGGAGCCCAGGGAGAUGGAAUCUCUGUCUUUGUCUCGUUGCCAGCUUGCAGCGGCUGUCCACAAUUAGCCAACAGAUGCCCGAGUGCUGGAGCCUGCUGAAGAACUGUGCAAAAUCCUUAGCAAAGGGAGAGUCACAAGAAGUGGUAGAGGAAGAGGAGACUAGGUGAGUUGGUCACUCUCAGAGGCUGAUUUUGUGUUGCUGUAUCUUUCAUCAACCCAUGCCUGUCAUCUUAAUGACAGCUGCUUAUCCAUCCUUUGCCAGUCCAGACGAUUUCCUAAAGCAGGUUAUUUUGCUGUCAUGAGGAGCUUUUUACCCUUUUGCCUCCUGCUAGGAAGGAUGUUAUUGACCAGUUAGUGUUAGAAAAAUGUCUGUGUCUAAUGGUCCUCUGCCUGGUUCCCUGUAACUUCACUUCUUGCAGUGACGGAACCACCAGAAGGCCCUCGGUGCUAGAUCUCAGUGUCCAGGCUGAACGGUGGGGGUAGAGAUGCUCCUUCAGGGAUACUGGGCCAAGGCCGUUUAGGGCAAGCACUUCAGUGAUACAAAAGGAAGAUAGAGGGACACAUUUUUAAAAUAUUUAAGAACCAUCAAAAGCAUUUUGAAACAGCAAGCACAGUGAAACAUUAAAACUUAAAAACAGAGAUAAGGUAAAGGUAAAGGGACCCCUGACCGUUAGGUCCAGUCGUGGACGACUCUGGGGAUGCGAUGCUCAUCUUGCUUUAGUGGCCGAGGGAGCUGGCGUGCAGCUUCCGGGUCAUGUGGCCAGCAUGACUAAGCCGCUUCUGGCAAACCAGAGCAGUGCACAGAAAGGCCAUUUACCUUCCCGCCGGAGCAGUACCUAUUUAUCUACUUGCAUUUUGAUGUGCUUUCGAACUGCUUGGUUGGCAGGAGCAGAGACCGAGCAACGGGAGCUCACCCCGUCACGGGGAUUCGAACCACCGACCUUCUGAUCGGCAAGCCCUAGGCUCUGUGGUUUAGACCACAGCACCACCUGUGUCCCAAAAACAGAGGUGUAGGACUUCAAAUGAUAAAAUCAAAACCUUUGAGCUGAGUCCUGUAGGAUAAUUGGCAGCUCUUAGGUUACCAUGAAGGGUUGUGCUAAACUAGGGUUGCCAUAUUUCAUUAAGUGAAAAUCCAGACACAAAAGUUCUGUCCAGAUAUGUACGGGAAAUUCCAGACAUAUGGCAGCCCUAGCUAAACCCAUUUCCUGUCCCUUAUGAGCACAGUGCCUAAAAGUGCAGCCAACUUCUAGCUGCAAAACCCUACUCUGGGUUCUUCCUUGCUUCCAGCUCCAAUGCACUGCACUUGCUCCAGCCCAGAGACCUCUGGAAAGCUUAAAUGGUAUAGCGACUGUGGGUGUGCCUGCAUACAUUUCCCUCCCAGCCUUGCAUAUGGCAGCUAUUAAAUCAGCAGUUAAUUCUGCUUUCGUGCUCUAACUUCUUUCCCAGGGAUACUGAAGAGCCAUGA